GUCCACCAUCAACCUCAAGUGCCCCAUCCACAAAAUACCCAUUUUUUUUCAUUUCUCUUCAUUCUUUUCUUAGUCAUUGUUGUUUUUCAUUCUCAUUGUCGUUUUCUUCAUAACCAAGCUGCUUAGGAGGAAAACCUUUUCCUCCUACCCAUUGUAGUCCCUUCCGGAAAAAUUCCAUAGUAUUGCUAUGAUGGCUGUCAGCUUCAAAUAUUGGGAUGAUUGCAUUGACCCUUCCGACAUGGAAGCAAUGUGGAAUAUUCCUGAAGUAAGCAAUGAAUGGUUAGAUGCUGGAGAGUCUAGAGACCAGAAAGUUCACCUAUCACGUGAUCCAGACGGACAACCUUUUUUGACACAGAUCGAGAUGAAGGCUGUGGCUGAGAUUACUACCUCCAGGCAUUUCAAUUCACAGAUAGAUCUGGACAUGAUAUGUGCUAUUGCUGAACUUGAAAGCGACAGACAGCCUCUUGCUGUUCGGUCUGACAAAAAGAAUAAGGAGCCUACCAUAGGGAUCAUGCAACUUUCAAUAGAAUCUGCAAAGUGGCUGUUCAAUGAGUUGGGUUACAGGUCGUAUGAAGUGGUAAGGAAUCCAGAGCUUCUGUACUGGCCUUUUGUAAGCGUAUAUCUUGGUGCUGCCUACAUGAAAUGGCUAUCAAAUUAUGACCAAAAAGAGAGAACUGAAGAGUUCAUAAUUAGGGCAUAUAAAGGUGGUACGAAAAAGGCAACUCAUAAGUCAACUUUGCCAUAUUGGAAACGGUAUCUUUGUGUCAAAGAAAGUCUUCCAUCCAGAAAAUUUUUUGAAGAUGGUCGAGAUGUUUCUGCUUCUGCUUCUGCUGCUCCUACACCUCCACCUGGUUCUGCUACUGCUUCACCUCCAUAUGCUUCUUCCCCUCCACCCAAUUCAAAGCCCACAGGUGUAUACUCAUAUUGGGACACCAAAGCUUCUCCAGAAGACAUGGAAGAAUUGUGGAGCCAUCCUGAGGUCCUGAAAGAGUGGACUAAAUCGGGAGAGAUACGGGGAAAAGUGCGCUUUUCCCAUGAUAACAAAAAGAGACCCUAUCUUUCACGGGUGGAACUAAAGGCAGUUGCAGAAAUCAUUUUGACCAAACACUUCCUCACAAAACAUAUGAAACCUACAUGUCUUUGUGCUCUUGCGGAAGUCGUUAGCCUGCGUUUUGUAAAUGGAGUUGGACCACGUACUGGAAUAAUGGGAAUUGACUAUUCGACAGCUUUCUGGCUUUACAUGGAAUUGGGCUACAGGGCUUAUAGAGUUGAUUCAGCUGAUGAUCUAACCAAGCCGUUCGUGUCUAUGUACUUUGGUGCAGCCUAUUUGGUUUGGUUAUCAGAAUAUGAAGGGAGGGAAAGGACUCCACAGUUUGUUGUUCAGGCUUACAUUUCAGGGCCAAAGAAUGUGAAUCUUCAGGAAACAGGUCCACUUUGGCUUAAAUUCAUGCAAGCAUUGGGCAAUUAUGAGGACAUAAAGAAGGAUCAAGGGAACUGCUCCAUUCUGUAAGAGAUGAUCAUCUGUGGUCUGUCCUUGUACAAAAACCAAACAAGAGUGAACAUCAUUAUAGAUGAAUGAUUGGUUUUAUAGAAACAAUUUAGUGACAUAUCUCUCAGCAUUUUUAUUUCUGCAAAAAGCACAGGGGAAGACAAAUAAAGAAUCCUCUUUUGAUUGGAUGGAUUUUAGUUCUAAUCAAUUUAUUGGACGCUCUUUGAUCCAAUUCUUGUAAUAUAGAUUAUAUAUUACUUAAAUGUGAAACAGGAUUGUCAAUGACUUAAUGGAUCCAGUUUGGAUAAAAUUUUCCAAAAUAGAAAGAAUCUAAAUAAAGGCACAUACUCUGGGAUAAGAUGCCCUAUUCUCAAAUA